GAUAAUUUCUGGACACUGUUCGCUCCCUACUGAACGGUCCGGAUCAGUUUUUUUGUAUUGCAAUAAUAAUUGAUGACACUCGCCGCACCGACAUCCUAAAGCUGGGAUGUUAGUACUGUGGCAGAUUGCAUCAUAGAACCUCCUCCUCCAUCUUUACUGCUGACCAGCUAACAUCAAGACUGACCACAACACAGACAUGAGAAUGGCGCUGGCCUGGCACCAGUCGCCGCCGGUACCUUGUGUCAGCGUCACCUGUGACCCCACCCUCGCCACCCGUCCCCUUGUCCCCAACACCCCCCACUGAGCCCCAGUCCAACCAGCCAGGAGCAUCCAUCCACCAUGCUGUCAGGCAGCUGGCGCCGUUCACCAGUAGCCUCACCCGCCAAGCCCUCAGCCUCCACCAGAGGGAGUAUUACCAGUGUGAGCAGUGUGUCCAGCAGGGGGAGCCGUGCCAGUGUGAGCAGCAGUGUUAGCAGUGUGAGUGUGCCUACUGUGUGUGGCGUCCCCAGUGGCACGGUGGUGUUGGAGGCUCAGUAUGACUAUCAGUACCGCGAGGCAGAUGGACGACAGGUCUGCAUCCGAGAGGGAGAGCGGUUUAUUCUGCUCAGGAAGACUAACACUGACUGGUGGCAGGUUCGGAGGAUUGGGGCAGCCAGUAAAGCCAAGCCCAUGUAUGUCCCGGCUACGUAUGUGGUGGAGGUGCCCAUCACUCCUCUGUCGUCAGUACGACAACAUGUCAACAACAACAUGUCAAACCACGCCAACACGAGACUCCUGACCCGGUCAUCUCUCUCUCCCUGUUCUAACAACCAGUACUCAGUGCCCAAAACCUUCUGUUGUUCCAUGGAGGACCUCAACUCUCACAGUGCCUUCAGGGGAGUCAACUGUCACAGCCCUACCCCCGGUCUGGGAGGAGGAGGGGGCCACUUCCCAACCAUGCCCCUCCCUGCGCUCCCCUCCAACACCACUACCUCCUCCACCGGAAAACUAAUGGUCCCUGGGGGCCCCCAGACCCCCAUGGGCCACUCGGGCCCCAUCCCCCGCAGUAAGAGCUCCUGCAACCUGCCGAACCCUUAUGAGGAGAUCGAGGUGGGGGAAAUGGGGCUCAAGAUGGGGCUCAGUGGAUGGAGCACGCCCAUCGGUGGUGCUGCCAAGUCCCUCAUCCAGUGGGAGAUGGCAGAGGCCGCCCGCAGACAAAGCCAUCUGCAGGUAAAGAGGUGGAGCCAAGCAGAACCCCCCAGCCCUGCCCCCGGUCAGCGACCCCUACAGGUGCUGGACCUAUGGGAGCAGUACUCGGCCCCCGCCACGGGGCGAUGUUUCUACGUCAACACCGUUACCAAGGAGAGGUCCUGGAAACCCCCCCGCAGAGCCCGCGAACGCACCCCCAGCCGGGCUAGUCCGUUGCAGCCACAGACAUUUCCACAGGACACCAACAACCUGUCAUUACCCAUCCCAGGCACAGGAAAUUGCAAAAUGCACAGGCUAUCUCCAGACGUCCUCUUCACUGGCCAUAAGCCUGACAGUGGCUGGGAGCUGGGACAGAGUAUGCAGCGAUCAGUAUCCUCAGACACCAUCAGUACAACAGCCUUCAGUACAGGAGACAAGGAGGUCCAGGGAUGUCACUCCGCCCUACUGCGUCAUGAGACAGAGGAGCUCAGCCACUUACGAUCCAUGAUUCUGCCUGAAAACGGCAAGCUGGGCCAGCAGUGCAGAGACUGCUCCUAUCCUGUGACCAGUGUGGUGGUGGAGCCUCCCUCUCCAGACAGCAACGACAGCUCCACGCCGGAGCUGGAAAAGGCAGGUCUGCUGAAUAAGACCAAGAUAGCAGAGGGAGGCAGGAAGCUGAGGAAAAACUGGAAUCCAUCCUGGGUGGUUCUGGUUGGGAAUAGUCUGGUUUUCUUCAAGGAUCCCAAAUCUCAGACCCCCUCCAGCUGGAAACCAGGGAACAGUUGUCCAGAGAGCAGUGUAGACCUGAGAGGAGCUCAGCUACAGUGGGCCAACGACCUGUCCAGCAAGAAGAACGUCUUCAAGCUGAGGACGGUGACAGGGAAUGAGUUCCUACUGCAGUCAGAGACAGAUUCACUGAUUAGAGAGUGGUUCAGCACCAUCCAGAGUGUAAUCGACAGGCUGAACCGUGAGAAUCCUCUGGACAAUGUCCUAAUGUACUCUCUGAGGAAGGCGGGCAGUGUGGAGAUGUUGGACCAGAGUGGAGACGAGGAAGAUAGUCGAGGGGGAUCUAAAGCAUCACUCCCUUGUUCUUCUUCCAACCUGGAGAGCACAGAGAGGAAGCGUGUUCGGAGCAGACUGAAGAAGCUCAUCCUGAAGAGACCUCCACUACAGAUCCUACAGGAGAAAGGACUCAUCAAGGACCAGGUGUUUGGCUGUUGUCUAGAGAUGCUGUGUGAGAGAGAGAAGAACACGGUGCCUCGCUUCGUCAGGCUCUGCACUGAGGAAGUGGAGAGGAGAGGUCUGGAGACGGACGGUAUCUACAGAGUGAGUGGUAACCUGGCUGUCAUACAGAAACUACGCUUUCUAGUCAACCAUGAGCGAGCGGUGACCACUGAUGGACGUUAUAUGUUCCCUGCGGAGUUGGUACAAGAGAAGCUGAACCUGGACCAGAGUGAAUGGGAGGAUAUCCAUGUCAUAACAGGAGCCCUAAAGCUCUUCUUCAGGGAGCUUCCUGAACCCCUGGUCCCGUAUGGCUUCUUCACAGACAUCGUAGAGACCAUCAAGAUGUCAGACUACUUGGACAAAGUGGACCGUCUGAAGUGGCUGGUUCUGAGCAUGCCUCCUCCCAACCACGACACCAUGAGGUUCAUGUUCAGCCAUCUCAAACGAGUGAUGGAGCACGCUGACUCCAACCGAAUGUCGACCCAGAACAUUGGCAUAGUGUUUGGUCCCACCCUGAUGCGUCCGGAGCGGGACAACGCUAACAUGGCCAUCAACAUGGUGUAUCAGAACCAGGCCGUGGAGCUCAUACUCGACGAGUUCGACCGCAUCUUCGGACCCAACAACUCAACAUCCCUCUGACACCCAGUCAGCCCAGAGCACUGAACCCAUCCAGCUCCAAGGACCCAGUCAGCCCAGAGCACCGAACCCACCCAGCUCCAAGGACCCAGUCAGCCCGGAGCACUGAACCCACCCAGCUCCAAGGACCCAGUCAGCCCAGAGCAACGAACCCACCCAGCCCCAAGGACCCAGUCAGCCCAGAGCACCGAACCCACCCAGCUCCAAGGACCCAGUCAGCCCAGAGCACCGAACCCACCCAGCUCCAAGGACCCAGUCAGCCCAGAGCACCGAACCCACCCAGCUCCAAGGACCCAGUCAGCCCAGAGCACCGAACCCACCCAGCUCCAAGGACCCAGUCAGCCCAGAGCACCGAACCCACCCAGCCCCAAGGACCCAGUCUAGAGCCAAACCAGCCUCCUAGCCCAUCCAGCCCUCAUCCCAACCAGUCUGAGCCCCAGGCCCGACCAGCCCUAAGUCCAACCAUUCUGAACCCAACUCAGUGACUGAACCAUCUUGGGACACAACCCCUAUGGUAACCUGUAACACCUUGCAUUGAACCCACCCAAACCCAGCCUGAACCAAACACAGAGACCAAAACCAGUAGAACCAACAGAACCAGUACACUGUGAAACCACACCAGCAUCUCCUCAUGAUGUCUCCUUAGCCCCUGUAGUAACAACCUAAUUCACCAGCCUAGUUCACCUCACCCCACGGUAAGGAGAAAAGCAUGGGUAGAGGUAGGAACAGGAGGAAAAGCCAAUAUGGAUGAUAUGUCUCCACAGCUCCGUUAGUAGUGUAGUGGGAGCACCAGCUUACUCUGCCAAACAAGCAACAGCAACAAAGCUGUUGACUCUAUGUGCCACUGUCUAUAAACGGUCUACUUGUGUCGAACCUGUGUCGUGGCUGGAGAAUGCAUCCUGACUUCAAACUUCAAAGGACUUUGGUUUUGUUAUAAUGGCAAAGCAAUAGAACUGAAAUACUUAUAUUAUGUACCUACCUUUACUGAAAAGUCUGUGUAGACCUUUGAAUCUCCCUGCUGUUAUAUAUAAUAUUUCAUGUGUAUUUCAAUUUUCAUUAAAACGUACUGAUUUAUUUUGUGAAAGUUUGCACGUAAGUGUAAUAUUUUACCAUCAACUUUCACUUUGGAGUGUCCCUACCAGAUGAAAACAGAUGAACUGGCGAUAAAGCAAACUUAAAGUAAGAACUGCUGUGAAGUUGACAGUUAAACAACAUAAAACAUAACUUUAUUGUAUUAUUUCCUUCAAUAAAAAACGUGGAGUAAAUGA